AUGAAUAAAACUGAAGAUAUCGAAGAAAUCAUUCGACUUUAUGAAAGAAUUAUUCAAGGUCAAAAGAAAACAAAUCAAAGUUUACUUCAAGAGAAUAUAAGGCUUAGAGCGAAAUUACGAAAUAGAUAUACAAAACCAUUAGAAGAAAAUUCAGAAUUAGGAAUUUUAACAACUCCACAAUUAAGUCAAAGACAUAGAGCUCGAUUUCAACCAAAAUUAUCACCAAUACCACAAUCUCCAUUAUCAGAAACUGCAAUUAAAAAUAAUAAAAAUAUAAUAACUAAAGAUGUAGAAAUACAAACUGAAGAUAUUUCACAUAUUUCACUGUUAAAAUUAAUGAUACCACCAUCUCCAAGACAUAAACCUAAAAAUGAAAAAAAGGUUGAGACACCUAUUUGUAGAAAAUAUCCAUUGCGUGAAAAUGCAAGACAAAUAACAUACUCAGUACCAUCAUUAAGAGUUAAAUUAAGAAGGGAUACAGAUAAGCCAGAUUUUAAUCCAUUUAAAACUCAUGAAUAUUUCAAAGUAAAGAAGGAUCCAUAA